CCGAUACCUACCUAGAGCAAAGAAUGUACUUUCCCUCCUCGCUCCUCUUCCACCGCGCACAGUCGCCGGCACCCAGCACGCUAUUCGACCGCCUCAUGCGCACCCUCGCCCAUACCUUGGGUGCACGCACAGACCUCUCAAGAGCACUUAUCACCUCCGUCCUCUUUCACUCCCUCUUCCUCGCCCUCCUCUUUGCACCCCUGUCGCGAGCAUCAGCAGUCGGUGUAGUCGCAUACGCGGGGGGCACAUUGGGCCUUCUCAUGGUGCUGGAAUGGGAGGGUCCAGCAUGGACACACGGGCGCGCAGUAGGCAGGCUACCCCAGUACCUCCUUGGGUUGGUGAACCUCUUCGCGUUCUUCACGCUGGCGAGGCUAGCCGUGCAGGGUACUUGGGCAUGUUUAUGCUGGAAGAUGGGGAUGGACGCUGGGACGAGUGCGGGAUUGAAGGUGCAAGUGAGGGUAUUUGCCGCGCUGGCACUGAUGGGAGGGACGGCGCUUAUGUACGCUGCGCGGCAAUCGAUGAGCAAAGCCGCCGACACGCAGCCCCUACCUCUCCCCCCUUCAAGGCGGGCAGGAGGAAGACAACCCAGAUCUCGUGCGCUCCCCCGCCUGAGAGAGCUCAGGCGUAUGAGCUCAAUCGCUACACUCCCACCUUACGAGCCUCCUUCGCCUGCACCACCGCUCACUCCCGUCACACCGUCGGAUCCGCCCAGUUAUUGGAGUGUGGUGGGUAGGGAGUGUGUGGAGUAGACACUUGGAUGUGUUGGGUGAGGAAGGGAAUGCAGCGCGCGAGGCAUUUUUAGCGUAGAUGAGGAUUGCUCAGAUCAGAUGAGAGGUGAGACGCGCUGCAUCAGUACAUGCGAUAGGAAGGGAUGUAUGUGCGGUAGAGUGUACAUUCU